AUAAGGCUUUUUUUUUUUGUUGUUGUUGCGGUACUAGUUCUCUAUCUAUCUCUAUGUCUCCUUCACGUCAAGCAGACAGUGGACAUUUUUGGUCUUACGUGAAUUAAGUUGCGUACGACUUUUACAGUUCUGUGGUCUCAGGUGAAUUCGUGGAAGGGAAUGCCGAGCGGUGAAAGGUCCGUUAGUGAAGCGCCUGGGAACGGCAACAUUAUGGCUCAACAGAAGCUUCUGGAAGGUUAUGUGGGCUUUGCCAAUCUCCCAAACCAAGUGUACAGAAAGUCUGUCAAGAGAGGCUUCGAGUUCACUCUCAUGGUUGUGGGUGAAUCUGGUUUGGGGAAGUCUACACUGAUCAAUUCCCUCUUCCUGACAGACUUGUAUUCUCCUGAAUACCCUGGUCCCUCCCACAGAAUCAAGAAGACUGUACAGGUGGAGCAGUCUAAGGUGCUGGUAAAGGAAGGAGGAGUUCAGCUUCUUCUCACCAUCGUUGACACGCCAGGGUUCGGCGACGCUGUCGACAACAGUAACUGCUGGCAGCCAGUCAUUGAUCACAUCGACAGUAAGUUUGAGGAUUACCUCAACUCAGAGUCCCGGGUCAAUAGACGGCAGAUGCCUGACAACAGAGUGCACUGCUGCCUCUACUUCAUCACCCCCUCUGGACAUGGGUUGAAGCCUCUUGAUAUAGAGUUCAUGAAGCGGUUACAUGAAAAAGUGAACAUCAUCCCCCUCAUCGCCAAAGCGGACACAAUGACUCCUGAGGAGUGCCAACAGUUCAAGAAGCAGAUCAUGCGAGAAAUCACAGAGCACAAAAUCAAGAUCUACGAGUUCCCAGAAACUGACGAUGAGGAGGAGAACAAGAUAGUCAAGAAGAUCAAGGAUCGCUUACCCCUGGCUGUUGUUGGUAGCAACACCAUCAUCGUGGUCAAUGAGAAGCGGGUGCGAGGGAGGCAGUACCCCUGGGGUGUGGCGGAAGUGGAGAAUGGAGAGCACUGUGACUUCACCAUCCUGAGGAACAUGCUCAUCAGAACUCACAUGCAGGACCUGAAAGACGUGACCAACAAUGUCCACUAUGAGAACUACCGCAGCAGGAAGCUAGCAGCCGUCACAUACAACGGAGUGGACAGCAACAAGAACAAGGGACCAAUGACCAAAUUUGACACAAAUGAAGGCAUGAGUCCAUUGGCCCAGAUGGAGGAGGAGAGGAGGGAGCACGUGGCCAAGAUGAUGAAGAUGGAGAUGGAAAUGGAACAGGUGUUUGAGAUGAAGGUCAAGGAGAAGAUCCAGAAGCUCAAAGACUCUGAGCAAGAGCUCCAGCGGCGCCACGAGCAGAUGAAGAAGAACCUGGAGGCCCAGCACAAAGAGCUGGAGGAGAAGAGACGCCAGCUGGAGGAUGAGAAGAACAACUGGGAGGCACAGCAGAGGGUGCUGGAGCAACAGAAACUAGACUCCUCCAGGACCUUGGAAAAGAACAAAAAAAAGAAGAUAUUUUAAAAGUAUUGCAGGAGGACCACCAUGUAACAAUGUACUAGUUGCCAAUUUACCAGCCUGGACCGUCAGUUUGCCUGUCGACCAACAACCUGUUACUGAUACUGUAUGUGUGACGGAGCAGCGUGGUCUGUCUGGGGGAAGUUGGUUCUAACUGGGGGAUAGAGGGAGAGCGGCUCCUCCAUUAAACUCAAACUCACUUUCAGACAGACUCAGUCCUGGAACAUGCUAUAUCACUGUACUAUUUCUACUUUUAUCCCUCUUUUUUUAUGUAUAGAUGUAUUUUCUUCCUGAAGUGGGCACAUUAGAUGGUUGUACAAUCAUGUUUUGUGUUUCACAGUGUGACACACAGAAAAAGGAUUUUAGAAAGGAUUUUUUUUCACUUUAAACCCCAGAAUGCCACAACUGUUUUUCUUUCACUUCCUUAUUCUCUUUCUAGUUAGAUGACCUUGGAGACAGACUGCACUGCUUAUUCUCUUUCUAGUUAGAUGACCUUGGAGACGGACUGCACUGCUUAUUCUCUUUCUAGUUAGAUGACCUUGGAGACAGACUGCACUGCUUAUUCUCUUUCUAGUUAGAUGACCUUGGAGACGGACUGCACUGCUUAUUCUCUUUCUAGUUAGAUGACCUUGGAGACAGACUGCACUGCUUAUUCUCUUUCUAGUUAGAUGACCUUGGAGACGGACUGCACUGCUUAUUCUCUUUCUAGUUAGAUGACCUUGGAGACUGACUGCACUGCUUAUUCUCUUUCUAGUUAGAUGGCCUUGGAGACGGACUGCACUGCUUAUUCUCUUUCUAGUUAGAUGACCUUGGAGACAGACUGCACUGCUUAUUCUCUUUCUAGUUAGAUGACCUUGGAGACGGACUGCACUGCUAUGUUGUAGUGUUCUAUUUAACGCCAAAUGACCAAACAGCAGAGUAGGAAGCUACUCACCUCCAGCUACACACCUCAGGCAUUUUGUUUUGAAACGAUUUUGUUAUUUAGUUGCCCCUUUUUUAUUUUUGUAAUCCUGAUCCCAAAAUGAUAUGCUCUUCCAUCCCUUGUCAUUUAAAUGAUCUAGCCAUGGAUGGCAUAUUUUUUUCUGUUUAAAAUGUUUGGCUCUCUUAUAUUGGCCCUGCUACAGUAAUCAUUUGUUCAUUAUUGGUUUCAUGUUUGUUUGCAGGCGUUUUCCAGUCUGGUCUUGGAGGUCUACUGUGCACACUGGAUUUGACUCCAGCUGACACAUAGUAGGCCCCCUUGACCACGGCUAGAGAACCCUGUUUUAGAAGACUGUGGGGAGGAAUGCUUGGUUAUUGUUGUUUACUUACAAUUUCGAAUAGCUGUAAAUAAACAAGUCUAUGUUGACUGUAAUAAACAACUGUGGGGUUCCCUUCCCAAACAUCACAUUUAACUCUUCAUGUACUGCAUCUCUAUUUUUAUUUGUCUUUUGUUUUGUUUUUAUAGUCCCGUAAUAAACUUGUGAUACAACCCA